UUACCUUCCACUAAAACAUUAGAGGCUAAUAAGAGAGCACAGAAAAACAACCAAGUAAAGAAAGAAAGAAAGAAAGAAAAGCUCUUCUCUUGAUCUUCUGCUUUUUGACAUCACAGAAGAAACAUGAAAGAAACGAUGUCGUUUGCUUCCUCUGCCAAUUGCUUCAGUACAGGGUCCAUUAUACUCCCAAGAGUCAAAGAUGUUCAUCAGAGAUCGUUUGCAAAUAUUAAUAAUGUCCCAACCACAAUCAGGGCCUUACGUAGUACCUCCAGAACCAGACGCCACCAGGUUUCUAGUUCUGUCCUCUUCAGUUUAAAGGCCACUCUGAGAGGGAAUCUUGAGGCGGUCGGAGUUCCGACUUCGGUGCCGGUUCGUGUCGCCUACGAGCUUUUACUAGCCGGCCACCGCUACUUGGACGUAAGGACACCUGAGGAGUUCAGUGCAGGACAUGCCCCAGGAGCUGUUAACAUCCCUUACAUGUACAAAGUUGGCUCAGGGAUGACAAUAAACCCCCACUUUCUGGCAAAAGUUUCAUCCCAUUUCAGAAAGGAAGAUGAAAUUAUUGUUGGAUGUCAGAGUGGGAAAAGGUCCAUGAUGGCUGCAACUGAUCUUUUAGCUGCUGGCUUCUCUUGCAUUACGGACAUAGCUGGUGGACAUGCUGCUUGGGCACAGAAUUCACUUCCAAUGGAGUUGUAGAGUUUGGAAUUCCCCCAUUGUCGUUUGACCAUGUAAUAAGGUUGUUAUGCAAGAGAGAAAUUGAUCAAAAGAAAAAUGGGAAAAUAAAUUCAAUAACCAAGUAGUCUAAUUAGCAAUACAAUCGUGGCAGAAAAAUAUUGUACUUGAAUAAUUAUCACUUUGGGGCGUAAAUUAUAGCAAAUGAAACGCCAUGUAUAUAAGAAAUAACCAAAAAAAAAAAAAGAAUAAUUGUCAACUU